GCUCUUUGAACUCCGAAAGUCCUGAAUGAUAAACAAAACCCUUGCAAAAAUCCCUCUUACCAAAGUUGCAGGCUCUGAUUCUCGUCAAAUCUAUACUCUUUCAGCGUUUAAGAAUGUUGGGGUUACGGUGUUCUGUCGGAACACUAUCUGGUGUCGGUCAUCGCCUCCUUCAAACCACGACGUUUCAUGGAAUAAGAGUACAAGGCAUUCGUGUGGGAAGUGCUGAAAUUCCAGACCACAAGCGCAUUGCAGUGUCUCUACAGAGCAUCUAUGGAAUUGGUCGUAGCAGAGCUCGCCAGAUCUUAAGCGAGCUCAAUAUAGAUAACAAACUCACUAGGGAAUUGACCGGAAGAGAACUCAUGGCUCUUCGCGAGCAUGUCUCUUCCACAUACGUCAUUGGAGAAGAUUUGAGGCGAUGCAUCAAUGCGGACAUAACCAGAUUGAAAGGUCUUCAAUGCUACAAAGGGAUCCGGCACGAGGAUAAAUUGCCUUGCCGAGGACAGCGCACAAAAACCAAUUCCCGGACUGCAAAGAAGGGAAUAACUGCUGUUUCAGAAAGACACAGAGCUUCUUAUGCUUAGGUUCGGCAUGCAUGCGCUACUGUAUAACCCGCAUUGAGCACCUAGAGUCUGAAACUCCCCCCGAUUUUAAUUCCAAAGACCCAUUUAUUUAUAUCGAUUGGCCAAGAUGAAGUUUGUUGCUAUGGAAGCUGCGAAUCAAAGAUAUAAACUGGCCUGUUUGAGCUGAUCUUUUGCAGACGCAAACAGUUGAAUAAUGCCCUUUAUCAUCAGUUCAAUUGCUGGGAAAUCUAAAGAGCACAGAUUACUUAAAAGGUAUAUUUGAUGAAAGUGAGACAACCCUACUGAGGCGAAGAUUGGUUACUCCAAUAAAAGAUGCAUACACGAAGAUUUAAGCCUGGUUUCCUUACAAAAAUGUUACGGCUUCUCUAUGGUAUCACGUAGUGAGCUCACUAAAAAACAAUUUUUUUUUCCUAAUUUUUAAUUUUCAACUUUAUUAUUAAUAAAUUAUUAAUUGUUAGAAUAAA